GCAACUUAUUGAAUUAUUUUCAGUAAAAUGAAAGCCGUUGUGUGUAUCGCUGUUGCCAGUAUAAUAGUAAACACAGUGAAAGCAGUGGACCCGAAACAACUGAACGUCGCUCUUGAAACAGUCCUUCAAUUUGACAAGAAAGACCGCGCAGCAGACCUAGCCGUCCUCGACAAGGUGCAGAACUUCCUAGAUCAAAUCAAAGAUGCCAUGCGAACCAGCGGCAGGAGAAGCGGCGGAAACGAUAUCACAUUCACUGAUUUCAUUUUAAAAGCCGCUAAAAUUCUAAAAGGUCUCGAAGACAAUGAUCUCGAAGAAGCAUACGUUGUUAUCAAUGAUGAAACAAGAAGAUAUAUUAACACAGAGAAUGAGUUAAGAGAGCUAUUCGAUGAUAAUGAUAUGAGGAGGUACGUUUCUGACAAAUUGGAUGAUAACAAGGAGAUGGCAGCUGAUGAUUUGCGUAGGUAUUUAGAUGAAGCGGUUGCCUUCAUAGAACACAAACGGGAAACUGGAGAAAAUAUUGACUUACUUGAAAUUGGGAAUACUUUGUACGAGGGCGCUAGUGCUACAUUGAGGAGAGCACUUAGUGAUUUGAAGAAACUGAGAAGAGGGAAAGAAUAUAAUAUAGGGAGCGUGUUAAGAGGCGCACUCGGGUCGCUUGCAUUUUUGCAUUAUGCAUCGCUCAGUGAUGAUGAAUACACCACCAUCAUAUUCGUAUUCCUCAUUUCACUCUCCGUGGGGGGCUAA